CACCCCGAAGCCCGUCGUCGCUUCCGACCAGUCUGCCGACGAACCAACCCUUAACCAUCCUCACGCCGCCGCUUGGACACCGCUUCGAACCUCGUCCGCGUUAGCGAGCACGUCGACGGAAGCUGAAACAGUUAAGGGAACGGAUUUGGGACUGAGGCGAGGGGCACAAGCAGAGACAUGGACAAUGUGCAAAUGAUCGGCACUAAAAUCACAGCGAUCAAGGAAUACUUAUAUAAUUUCGCCCGGACACAUUCACCCACCAGACUAAUGAGCUCCGAGAACACGUACUCGCUCUCCAGGGAGCAUUGUAACCUGAAGUAUUCGGACAUCCUGCCACACAAUGCCGAAGGUUUCCCAGCUACCAGGGAGUUCCUGAUGAAGGUGGUCGACAUCCUGUUGGAUUUCGUCAAGUCGACGAACGAUCGGAACGCGAAGAUCCUCGACUUCCAUCAUCCCUCCGAGAUGAUGCGGUUGCUGGAUCUCGAAAUACCCGACAGCGGUCUGACUCUCCAGCAACUGCUCAUCGAUUGCUCCACCACUUUGAAGUACCAAGUGAAGACUGGUCAUCCCCAUUUCUUCAAUCAACUCUCCUGCGGUCUGGAUCUCGUGUCAAUGGCUGGAGAAUGGCUAACAGCGACGGCGAACACCAACAUGUUCACCUACGAGAUCGCGCCAGUGUUCAUCCUGAUGGAGCACGUUGUACUGCAGAAGAUGAGGGAGUUGAUUGGCUGGAGCGGCGGCGAUUCCAUUCUAGCUCCCGGAGGCUCUAUCAGCAACCUCUAUGCCUUCCUCGCUGCGAGACACAAAAUGUUCCCGGCUUACAAGGAACGAGGACUUUCAGCCAUCGGCGGGCAGCUCGUUAUGUUCACGUCUGACCAGUGUCAUUAUUCGGUGAAAUCGUGUGCCGCUGUCUGCGGACUGGGAACGGACAACUGCGUGAUGGUUCCGAGCGACGAGCGAGGCCGAAUGAUCCCGGGGAAGCUGGAGGAGCUGAUCAUGGAGCGCAAGGCGAAAGGACAUAUCCCCUUCUUCGUGAAUGCCACUGCGGGAACAACUGUAAUCGGUGCUUUCGAUCCCAUCCCAGAAAUCGCUGACAUCUGCGACAGGCACAAGCUCUGGCUUCACAUCGACGCGGCUUGGGGUGGUGGACUGCUUCUCUCGAGGAAAUACAGGCAUCCUAGAUUGACGGGCAUCGAACGAGCUGACUCAGUAACCUGGAACCCCCACAAACUCAUGGGAGCCUUGUUACAGUGCUCGACGAUCCACUUCAAGGAGGACGGCCUCCUGAUCAGCUGCAACCAAAUGUCCGCCGAGUAUUUGUUCAUGACGGACAAGCUCUAUGACGUGAAGUACGACACCGGCGAUAAGGUGAUUCAAUGCGGACGUCACAAUGACAUCUUCAAGCUGUGGCUGCAAUGGCGUGCCAAGGGCACAGAAGGCUUCGAGAAGCACAUGGAUAGAUUAAUGGAACUGACGGAGUACAUGGUCAGACGGAUCAAGCAGAUGCCCGACAAGUACUACUUGAUACUCGAACCGGAAAUGGUGAACUGCUGUUUCUGGUACCUGCCAACCCGCGUGAGGAACAUGCCACAUACUAGCGAGAGGAUUAAGAUUCUAGCUGAUAUCUGCCCGAUUUUGAAGGGCCGCAUGAUGCAAGCCGGCACUCUAAUGGUCGGUUACCAGCCGGACGACCAACGACCGAACUUCUUCAGGAACAUAAUCUCGAGCGCCGCGGUGACGGAAGCGGACGUGGACUUCCUGCUCGCCGAAAUGGACCGGUUAGGCCACGACCUGUAAGAAACCUGCCUGUUCUAAUUAGUAGCGUAAUCAGCGGCGGUGUCGCGGCGCGAAUUCGAUCCUGCUGUUAUAUAGAAACUUCAUCAGUGAACAGGGGAAUCGCGUCGCGUUUCAUUACGUGUACAAAAAUUCCGGAGGCCAAACACAGAUUCGCAAUCAUGAUCAGGUAAAUUAAGUAUCAGAGACUGGCCGACACUCUCCGAUAAUUCGAUCCAAUAGCUACAGGAAAAGUACAGUUAUUUUUAAUUUAGCUCGUCAGGAGUAGAUCAGACGCAUUGAAUUUGAAAUUGAAAUUAUCAAGGACAUUCGAACGGCUUCCAAAUAGCAACGAUUUGUUUCGAAAUACUCGAAGGUAAUGAUUCAAGUUGAAAUAGUGAUGGCGAAACGCUAAUAUUCGGAGAAUAUUGAAUUUCUAUGGAAACAAUGGUAAAGAGAGAGGGUUGGCCAACGAAUCAUCGUUCGUAGUACGAAUAAACGCUUCUUCAACGUAUUAAAAUGAAAGCUACUGAUCGAAGGAUACUCAUAGCGUGUAAGUUCUUUAGGUUUGUAAGCACACAGCAUAUCCAGGAAAACGAAGGAGUCGGGUUUACAGAACUCUAGCGACGCUUCCGGCCGUAAAUGUUACUAGCCUUCAUUCCUCACUGCUCUACAGUUAUCACUAGGAACGGAAGGGAAACGCAUAGGAACGACGUGUAUCGACGUCAUGAACCGAAGCAAUAGUUGAAAUAUUCCUGCUUCGAUAGCUCGCGUUCGGUUGUUGAUUUUGGUCUUCAGUUUACGAUCGAGACACGUUCCAUGUCGGAUCUCAAGCGGACGACGCACUUCCGUUUUGUAGGGAAAAUAUUUUAUGAACGGAAGAGAGAGAAACAGCUUCGUCGAAGGUGAGCAAAAUUUUCUUCGAAACGUUUCCCUUUAAAUUUCACAAUUAAUUUCCUCUAUCUUUGUUCUAUCAUUCGAAAAUUUUGCUCGUCUCUGUUAAUGCACACUUAACAUUUAACCGACUGAAAGUUUCAAGUAAAACUACAUAUGUUUUUUGGCAAGUAUUUUCAUUUGAUCAAAGUUUGAAGUGAAUUGUUUGAAAAUUGGAAGAACUAAAGGGUUAAAUGUGAAAGUAUACAGACGACGAAUCAACAUCGAGUUCCCGAGAUCCGACUUACAUUGUUCCGUGCUCGUUACGCGUAGUUGCAACGGAUCACAAACGAGAAAGAGGUACAAAAUAUUUUUACUUGGGACGGUUACGCUACGGAGAUAAUUAAAAUAGGAUAGUGAUAUUGAUUGAUUUGUUCCGCAUAGAAUCUAAACCAGCUGAUGCUGCGAGUUACUUUGUUGAAGAGACUAAAUGAAUUUGUUACUUAUUGAUCGUUUGCGAUGGUAUAAGAAAAAUGGCCCGCAUCCAUUACUAUACAAG